UUGUAUGCGCGAGCGCGCGUAUGUCGGAGAGUGUACGUCGGCAUAUAGUGUACGCGAGAGAGUCGCUGCACCUCUCGUCUCUCGGCCGUGGGUACAAAUCGCUAGCUAAAAUGGAAGCGGAAUUUCGCUCCGAGGUUGAGGUCUGCCGUUGAAAACAGUGAACAUGGGAAGGUCCAAGUUUCCCGGGAAGCCGCCGAAGACGGCCACCAGGAAACGGAUCAAGGUGCUCGGCCAGCUUAAGGCGGCGCAAAACGAUCCGGUAACUGUCGCCGAGAACAUCUACUACGGACUUUCCCUGUUCAACGAAACAUUCGGUGACAACGACAAGGAACAUCCACCAUUCCACGGAUUUAGCAUUAAAGAGGCUAAUCUUUCUGCAUCUUAUAUAAAAACACAGCAACACAAUGCAGAAAAAACCACGGAUAAAUUACCCUCUGUUACAGUCAAAAAUCUUGCAUCACAGUCAAACACAAAAAAGGACAUUACUGAUGUUAAAAAUUCUCCCACAGAUAUUGAAAACAGUAACGCAGAGAAGCCUGUUGAUACAAAUUCUAAAUCACUCCAAGACAUUGCAAAAGCAGUUACAAACUUGAAUACUAAAGACACUCCAAAAAUUCAAAGAACUAAAAAUCGUAAAAAUUGCAAGAAUAUCAAGUUUACCAAUUAUUUGGCAAAUCCAGUGUUAAAAUCAGUGAACAAUAUCUUGGAUCAGCAUCAAAGAACUAGACAAUUACGUAAUAGUACAGCGAAAAGAUUGCUUCAAAGGGCGAAAUCCAAUGGAAGUAACACACGCAACUUGGUGUUACACUCUGGAGAAAAGUCCAGCACGGUAAGAAAAUUUGUUUUACCGGUUCGCAGCGUGCAUUCGUCAAGGGUUAUAAAACCGAAUAAGAGAUUUAUCGAAGAACUGGAAGAGGUUUCUGGCACAGAACACAGCGAGAAUGAAAUUGGUACGCAUGUAAAAAAGGCUAAAUUAAAUUUGGAUAAGUUCAGCAAUCGGGAAUCAAAACUGAAAGGGGAUGUGGUUAAUAAAUCGUGUACAAAAUUUAAAGAUAAAGAAGCAAGAAAUAAAUCGAAAAAAGUGACUGAGAGUGUAGAUGACGAGAUUGUAUCUCAGCAAGUAAAAAAUACGGAGAAAUCGGCGGGUUCUGUUCAAAACGCACAAAUAUCAAAAGUCACUCAUAAAGAAGUAAAGAAAUCCCAUACUAUAUCAUAUAAGAAUAAAAUAUCAAACAAUACAUCUGACAAUUCUAAUAAUAAUCAGGAAUACUUACAAAACUCGAGCAGAGCGGCACAAACUACGAAAUCAACAGUUUCCAGAAAUCAAAAACAGAUUUCUAUUCCUACAAAAGUUCUUCCUGAUUCUAAUGUUCCAAACUUUGAGUCUUCCAGAGUUCAAACGAGAUCAGGAACUCAAAAUGAGAUAGCGAGCGAUUUAAAUAAUCCAGCCAGUUUCGAAAAUGAUGCAGGAUUACCGGAAGGUGACUGUGCGAAAAUCGACGAUCAGCCUGAAAAUGGUAAUAAGGCGGUUAAUUCAUUGAAUAAUUUUGAAACGGAAAGCAAUUUAUCCGAAAGCGAAAACGAGCACAGUAAUCAGUCAGAUAGCGAGCAAUCUGAAUUAAGUGGAAUGAAACUCAAUGGUGGAAAAGUGAUAUUGAGAAAAGCAAGAUUGAAAUUGGAUAAUAAAUGCUUGACUGGAACGGAAGGACCAUUUUCAACGUCAAAUACCAGUAAUGCUGUGGGCGGAAACACUAAUUUAGGAUUAACAGGAACUAUAAAAUGCGGUGUUUGUGGCGCGGUGCGAUUUUAUCGAUUCGUGAAACAGGCGCGCAAAUUUGGUAUUCACAGUUGCGAAUCUUGCCGCAAGUUUAUAAGCAAGAUGAUCAAGCGUCAAGCUUGCGCUAAAUCCUCAAACAAUGUUCUUCCUAUUCUUCAGUGUCAUAAAGGCGACGGUCUAUGUUUAGUCCCGCCUGUCGUGAGAAGCCAGCAAUGGAACAUGAAAUGCGUUUAUAAAGCAAGAUGUCCAGCCUGUUGGUUGAAAAUGUGUUUGAAAUGUUAUAACAUUCCACCUGUUUUAAGGACAGGUUUAAACGCAUUGUUACCACCAUUAAUGAGAGAUCCUUUAAGUAUUUCCUUGCCGCUCGGUCAAGACGAAGACGUUCAGGGACAAAAGUUGGAUUCUCAGUGUAAACUCAGUUGGCCUUCGGAAGACAGUUUGGAAAGAAAUUUGUUCAAGUCUGCAAUGGGUUGGAGAAAUUUCGAAAUGGGACAGAAUGGGACGAGUUAUCAAAGUGCUGGAGAUUUUCUCUAUACAAAGAUAGACAAAUUUGAUUCCUCGAUGAGUAUAUCGCCGAAUAAAAAGCGGAGAAAAAAUAAUAGGAUUAAAGUGAGAAGGAAAAUUAAAAGUCCAGUACUCGCUUCUUCCACCAAUAACCAGUGUCCGCAAUCUCUUAGGCAAAGGAUUGAAUUGAAGGGACCGAGAGUAAAACAUGUUUGCCGAAGCGCUAGUGUCGCUCUUGGACAACCUAUUGCAACUUUUCCAACUGCAGACGCGAAAGAAGACAACGAACACGGUAAAAACAUUCCAAAAACGACAAAAGAACCGGAGAAAAUGGAGAAGAAAGACGAAGGGAUGAAAGAGAAGGAAGUGCACAAGCAUAAUGAAGAUAAUAAUUUAAAUCUUAAUGCGACGCAACAAUCUCAUUCAAAAAGAGGAAAAUCGCAACAGAGUGUAUCAACAUCGCAUUUUCAAGUGAUGUCUAAGGCGACUACAGAUACCGUAUAUACAGUUUCCAUAGAUUUUUGGGAACAGUACGAUCCUUCGGAAAUUGGAGCGAAGGGGUUUGCCCUUAUCGGUUCUGAACAGUUUCACAUACCUGCUAUUUGUUAUUUAUGCGGGAGCGCUGGUAAAGAGCCGCUAAUUCACUGUCAAUGCUGUUGUGAGCCAUACCAUGCUUUCUGUUUGGAACCCAGUGAAUGGAAUGCUUGCGCACAGCCAAAUUGGUGUUGCCCCCGAUGUACAAUAUGUCAAUCCUGCCAUCUCAGAUCCGGUCCGAAAUUGUCUUGCAUCCGUUGUCGUCAAUCGUUUCACCAUUCAUGUUUGUCCAAAUCCGGUGUUAGCUCGAGAUUGUACAGUUCUGAGCGACCCUACGUUUGUCAGAGUUGUAUUAAGUGCAAGAGCUGUGGUAGCGAAGGUGUCAACGUUCACGUAGGCAAUUUACCUCUAUGCUCUAUGUGCUUUAAGUUAAGGCAACAAGGCAAUUAUUGUCCUUUAUGUCAAAAGUGUUACAACGAAAAUGAUUUCGACACGAAGAUGAUGGAGUGUAGCGAGUGUUCUUACUGGGUACAUGCUCGUUGCGAAGGCCUUUCCAAUGAGCGUUAUCAAAUACUUAGUUACUUACCCGAUUCCAUCGAAUUUACGUGCAGCCAAUGCUCCUCUAAUAUAAAUUCUGUCUGGAGGAAUGCCAUAGAAGCUGAGCUGAAGGCAGGUUUUAUCAAUGUCAUAAAAUCCUUAAGUAAAAACCGUAAGAUUUGCAUGGCUCUCAAGUGGAGUCCCAGGAAGGAGUGUUUAUGCAGGCCGAUUUUAAGCAUUAAGGGACUCGAGUUUCCAGGAGAAAAUAAGAGCGAGACAAAAGAAAAUGAAGAAUCGGAAGAGUGCAACGGUGACAAAUCUACGGAUACCGAUUCGAGUUCGAAUAUCAGUAAUCGGGAUGCUAUAAAAUCCGACAUAAAGGAACAUUUGGUGGAUGGUUCCGGUAGAAAAGGUCUACGGCGACUGCGACAAAAGUUUCAUCUGAAAGAAUGCUCAGUUAGAGUGAAGAAUUGUGUUCCAAAAGAUUUACAAGAUGUCGAAAGAAAGGAAUGGACGAAUCAAGAAUCGUUAAUUUCCUCGAACAUUAUGGAAUGCCGCUGCUCCGAGCAACAGAUCAUUGCUAAGCCUUCGCCCACUUUAAUGUCCAUAAAACAAAAGGUAAACGGUAAUGAGUAUAAAUCGCUGUCGCAAUUUCAUUGUGAUAUGGAACAUGUGAUCAGCUGCGCUGAUUCGACGGAUCUGACAGAGAUUUAUCACGAAAUUUUGCAAGAGGUAUUUCCCUGGUUUACUCCAAAAAAUUUCAAAAACAACGACGACGAUACAUUAACACCUACCAAGGAUAUUAGCAAAGACUACACUAUUCCUCUAACGACAAGGUUCGAGGAUCCUAUUCUGGAAGUGUGGAAGGAGGAAAUGAUAAAAGGAGCGCCGAAAACAAUCGCAGCGAAAAUGGCAAAUUUGUAUAAUAUUCAUGUCGAAGACAGCAGAUCAUGUUGUUUGUGCAAGGGCUUGAGUGACGGACAGGAAACGAAAGAGGGGAGGUUGUUUUAUUGCGGACAAAACGAAUGGGUGCACGCGAAUUGUGCACUAUGGUCGAAUGAGGUAUUCGAGGAGAUCGACGGCUCGUUACAGAACGUGCACAGCGCCAUUUCGAGGGGUCGUUUAAUUCGUUGCACAGAAUGCGGUAAAAAAGGCGCGAGUAUCGGAUGUUGCGCGAAGAACUGUAGCAAUACCUUUCAUUUUCCAUGUGCGAAAAAUAUCGGACUCGCUUUCAACGAUGACAAAACAAUAUUCUGUAUUUUGCAUUCGAAUAAUCUUGCGCGCAAAUCAACGCAAAAUGAGAACGACUUUAAUUUGAAACGGCCGAUAUACGUAGAGUUGGAUCGUAAAAAGAAGAAGUACGCCGAACCUAAUAAGGUUAAGAUAAUGAUUGGUUCUCUGAUGAUUGACUGUCUGGGAACCAUCGUUCCUGAAUUGUCCGAUACGACCGAGAAGAUAAUACCAUGCGACUACAAAUGCUCCAGGCUCUACUGGUCUACGGUGAAUCCUUACAAGAUAGUAAGGUAUUACAUCAGAACUUAUGUGCAGGUACAUAUGCCGGAUAUCACGUCUGAUAUGGAAAAUAACAUCACCAUCGAUCAUACCAAGGAGCAAGAAAAGGAACAAGUAUCGGCGGAUACGCAGGGGGUUGAUUAUUUAGCCGUUAAACAGACCUUAGAUACGCUCAUCGAUACUGUGUGCAGCAAAGAAGUCGACGAGAAUUUGGCAGAACAAAGCAAUACGGAUCUUUUACCGCCAGAACUAAAAGAGGCCAUAUUUGAGGAUUUACCGCACGAUUUGUUAGAUGGAAUCUCUAUGCAGGACAUUUUCCCCAAAAUGUCGUACGAAGAUUUUUUAGCUAUGGACUUGAAGAAUGAUGGUACUUUUAUCGCGGAUUUAUUUAAGGACGAUAUGUUACCAUCAGAGAUUGAGGAGACUGUAAAACCGCCGGAGAAUAAGAUCUCCAAGAUGGAUCCGUCUUUGCUGGAAUUGGGGACGCACAACGAUCUCUGGGUACGAUUGGAAGCGAAGACCGCAGUUCAAGAUCUCGUAGAUGAUCUAUUUAACUCGAAGAGUCAGAAACGCGGCGGUAGAGAACUGAAACGAUCAAAAUCAGAAGUAAUGUCGAAUAAUCCGCUGAUUGUUGGCGGCCAGCGGCAUCAUCAGCGCUCCUGCAGCCUUACUUGGAGUUGUAAACUAGACAACACCUAUGGUUCUAGCAUAAAAAGACGAAAGUUACCCCGAAAUCCAUCCAGUACUAAACCGAGUGAAACUGGCCUUAUUGUAUUAGACACUCAAAACGAACGCACGUCCAUGUUUCACGAGCUCAGGAUUCCGGAGAGCAUCAUGGUCACUGUGGGAAGAGGAAAUACCCCUAACAUAUUAUCCGAUUCCGUGCGUGAAUUGAAAUACUGCAUCGAAGAUUCCGCUGGACUAAAUCGCCGCGUAUUGCCAACUAGAGACGAAGGAGCAAAGGAGCACAAGAGACUGUUCUGGCAUCCGAGACAGCAGCAACCGCGAAUAGUACAGGUCGAUGGGUCGGUUGAUACUAAUAGCGCCAGCGAGUGCAGUUCACCAGAAUACAAUACCGAGGAGAAAAACGCAGGUCUGAAUCAUAUAUCCGAAUCGAUCCCGCAAUUGGACGGUAUCAACGACGAGCAUACAUCCGAGUGCGAAUUGAACCUGGAGAAGGAUCUUGAUUUGUACGCACGAUCCGCAAAUUUUUUACAUUCGAAACGUAUCCUUGGCUUCAUUAGAUCGCAUGUCUCGAGUAAUAUCGGCGACAAAUUACAGAAGGCAAAGAGCGGCAGCGGUAACCACAUGGUUGCUCCUAGCAGAUGCAGCACUUUGCAAUACGAGACAGGAGCUUUACUUAAGGAGAAGAAUCUCAAGUUGAAUCUGCAAAUUCCUCAAGUGGACGGCGCAGGCGACAUCUCGAGCGAUGAUGAGUGCGUUUCGUCGCAGCAUGUCUCUGCGGCGAGAAUGGUUCAUAUCCCGUAUGAAUCGUCGCCAUUCGAGCAUCACAUCGAUCGACCUGUCACCUGCAAAAGAUGCUGCUGCACGUACCGCACCCAGGAUAGUUACAAUCGACAUUUAAUCAACUGCGACAUUGUGAUCACCAGCGACAGCGACUCGGAGACCAUGGACAACAAGUUGGCGUCGCCAGAAUCGAGAUUCUCGCCGAGUGUGGGUUCGCCACAGUUUAUCACGCUCUCGCCAUCCGAGGGUCAUACUCUAAUGACCGAUUAUACGGAUAUCCAGGCGACGUCACCCAUCGAGGCAUCCGUGCCAUCACCUCAUCCGAGCAUCCAGAUCGAACCGAUCGCCCAGGCGAUCAUUACGCCGCAGAUGCAUACGACUCACGCCACGGUCGAGACCGUGCACCAGACAGUAUUAACAUCCAACGAUGUGAUUGUACAAACCCAGUACACUCGCAGAACUACCACCCUGCCGAAUGCAACAGUAUUACCUCCUCAGGAGAGCACGGUACAGAUAACGGAGAUCACGGAUCCAUCGUCCGUCUCCAGCGAUUCCAACGUUAUGGCGCGUGGUAUGGUGAACACGCCAAUGAGUUCGCCGGACAGCACGAGUUCGCAGACUGUUUCUACUCCGGAGAUGUCGCCCAACUUUUCGUCUACGGCCGUCCAGACUGCUCACGAAUCCGCACAAGUGAACGCGCAAGCAAUCUCUCGAGCUUCUUCCAAGUCGAAGAAUCCGCGGAUAACCAAGUCCAAGACUAAAAAUAUCAAGUUGCAGCAACAGCAGCAGCAGCAGCAGCAUAUCCUGAAGAAUGUUGUGCAAGCGCCGCACAAUGUUGCGCAUACCAGAUUUCAACCGACAGCGAUGCAAAACAGCCAUCCACCAACGGUCAUUCAGCUGCAACAAACCGCCCAAAGACCGACAGUGAUUCUUCAACAAGUGGCAUCACCGGGGAUUAUGUCCGCUUACGUGGAAACGCUGCAACAACAGUCGGGUCAAAACUUGCAAUAUAUUACAACAAUCGGCGGCGGACAGCACGAGGCUAGUUUUAAGCCGCAAUUAAUCGCCACGAAUUCCCUGUUACCGAGUACUACUUAUAUACAGGCGCCGUCCGCCGAUAAUCUAUUGACGUUGCAGAAUGGCGGGAUAUCGAUACUUCCGAGCGUGCAGAUCGCACCGACGCAGCCUACGGUCUUGGGAACCAUCAUACAGCAACAACCCGGCGCGAUUCAGUGUGGCGUUAUAUCGUCCGAACAACUGCUGCUGAGUUCCACGCCCACGCUGGAAAUGUUCACCGAUCCAUCCGGCGGUAUGUUUGUGUCGAAUCAACCGAUGUACUACGGUCUAGAAACAAUCGUCAGCAAUACUGUAAUGUCAUCCAGCCAGUUUAUGGCGGGCGCGGUGCCGCAAGUGUUGGCCAGUAGUUAUCAAACAACGACUCAGGUGUUUCAAGCGUCCAAACUGAUGGAGCCUAUCGUGGAUGUGCAAGCUGUACCUACGGUAGCGACGAUGCAGGCCGUGCAAAAUGUAUCAGGUGUUCCAAAUGUAUCCGGCGUGCCUAACAUUGCCGGCGUAUCAAACGUCGCAAGCGUGCAGGGCAUGAGUGGCAUGCCAACGGUGCCUAACGGUUACGUGGUGGUGAAUCAACAGGCAGCGCCGCCGACACCGGCAUCAUUAUCACCGCCACAACCUCCUGCUCCUCCACCACCGCCACCGCCAUCAUCAUCCUCAUUAGCAUCUGCAUCGCCAAUACCAUUAUUGGCAUCAGCAACAGCAGCAUCGAUAUCAUCACCACAGGUGAAAGCGCUUACGACAUUGCCGCAGAUCAACAUAUCUAUGGCGACCCAAGAGCAAGCGUUGAAUAGCGUCGCAUCAUGCAAUGCCAUAUCACCUAUAUCCUGUCAAAAUGCGGCCAUCGAACAAUCGAUGACGUCGGUUCAAGUGGCGGAUGUGUGUCCGUUGAACGUACAUACUACUAUUGUCGCUGCGAUGUCACCCGCAAAGCCGUCACCUCCACCGCCACAACACAUGAUGCCGACGAUACCUCGCGUUGCGGUACGACCAAAUCCGGUGGCGCAAGUGAAUCACGGAUCCACUUGGAAAAUCACCGAGCCUCUGUUUGAGCAACCAAUGAGUAACAGCGUACGGCCGUAUUUUGAUUCGAAACACGUGUCGGAGAAUACUAGUAUGAUCAAGUCGAGCAUAUCAUCGUCCAAGAUACCACCCCUACCCAAUCAUCAUAUUAUUGCGCAGAGGAAUUCAAUUGUAAAUAAUAAGCCAAACCAUGAUAUAAAUAGUGUUCAUAAGAGCUGCGGUACCGUUAUACCAAGUACUAAUUGCAUCGUGAACGGAAGCGUGAACAGUAACAACUCGAUCGUCAAUGCCAAUUCUGUGCAAAACAAAAUAUCGAUGCCAACGAGCAAUAAUAUGCCGACCAGUCGACCGAUGAACAGAGUACUGCCGAUGCAAGCGGUGACACCGAAGCAGGAUCCGGUUAAGGACAAUUUGGCAAUUGAGGAACCCACGAAACCGGUGUUUAAACCAGCUGAGCCAGAAAUAACGGAAUCGAAGAAGGAAAUUAUCGAGAAGAUAACACCAAUCAAAAAAUCUGAGGUUGGCCUCAACAACAUUAAAGACGGUAUCAAACUGAACACGGAGACUAUAGAAAAGGUAAAAGAAAAUCUCAAAUUGGAGCUCGACAAGGAGAAGCUGCAAAACACAUCGUUGAAGAUCGUGCUACAGAAACAACUGCAGGAUGGUUCUUACAAGAUCACACGCAACAUGAAAGCGGCAGUCAAUCAGAGCAAGAAAGUAUCACCGCAAGUGACAUCUGUGGAGAUACUGCCGUCGAAGCAGGUGCCUCAGAUCGCGUCGUUGCAAUUGUUACCGAUCAAAACAUUCACGCUCAAAACGAAUAAAAUCGAUGAUAAGAUAAAGCCGAAGGUUGAUGCGAAGGUGAACAUACUCAAGACGAAGACGCCACCCGUCGCCGUCAAGAAACCCAGAAUAGUGACGAAAUCGAUCAGACCAGUGCGAAACAGUCCACAGCAGAAUCCACGUGAAAAGAACUACGCCAAGGGACCGAUCCUAAUGUACGAAAUCAAGUCGCAGGACGGCUUCACCCAUACUGCCUCGUCUAUGACUGAGGUCUGGGAGACGGUGUAUCAGGCAGUACAAAACGCACGCAAGGCAUACAAUUUGCCUCCUCUGCCUCACAAUCCCUUGUCCGAAGGUCUCGGUUUGGAGAACAAUGCGACCGUUUAUCUAGUUGAACAGCUGCAGGGUGUCAAUCGAUGUAGCAAAUACAAACCCAAGUUUCACAUCCCAUUGCCGCCAAAAUCUGGUGAGAUAGAAAACGAAUUGCCGACAGCCUGCGACAACGGGGCAGUUCGAGCGGAACCGUUCAAGGGCAGGAAGGUGCACGACAUGUUCAGCUGGCUAGCAUCACAGCACAGGCAACAGCCGAAGAUGAUUUCUAUAUCAGAGGCAGAGUCCAGACGAGUUGCGAGUACAAAUUUGCCCAUGGCAAUGCGUUUUAGAAUACUUAAGGAAACGUCAAAAAAAUCUGUUGGUGUAUACCAUUCUCAUAUACAUGGUAGAGGAUUAUUCUGUUUGAGAGAUAUCGAGGCUGGCGAAAUGGUCAUUGAAUAUGCUGGUGAGGUCAUUCGAUCUUCCUUGACCGACAAGAGAGAAAAGUACUAUGACAGUAAAAACAUAGGCUGUUACAUGUUUAAAAUCGAUGAUCAUCUAGUUGUCGAUGCUACUAUGAAAGGGAACGCAGCUAGAUUCAUCAAUCACUCAUGCGAGCCAAACUGUUACUCGCGAGUGGUGGAUAUUCUAGGUAAGAAACACAUACUGAUCUUUGCUCUUCGUCGCAUCAUUCAAGGAGAGGAAUUGACGUAUGACUACAAAUUCCCAUUUGAGGACAUCAAGAUCCCGUGUACUUGCGGUUCUCGCAAAUGUCGCAAAUACCUCAAUUGAAACUGCAUAUAUACAUGCUUAUUUUAAGCAGCCGACCGACGACGAAAGAUGCAAAAUAUGUGCUAUAAUUGCGAGCGCGCAUGUGCACGUUUUCGAAUAGGAUUCGUUUUUAUUGAAUGUUGUUCAUUUUACUCAUCAUCAAACUAUUUUCAGAGAUUGCAGCUUUUUAUUAUUAUAAAAGUAUACAUAUAGAUUACAUAUACACUCUAAAUAUUAGAAGGCCAGAUAUAAUAUACACGAAGCACCCGGUGGUUACGACAAUGUUAUUUUAGACAGCUACGUUCGUGUAGUUGAUUUUAAUGGGGGUAUACACACACGUGUAUACCUAUAGCAAUAAAUCAUUCGAAUAUGCCCCGCUUUCGUAUCCGACAAAGUCGUGCGUGUACUAAUGCGCUUCAGACUUUUGAAAGUGUUACUUUAUUCACGCCUCUGUGUGCUUUCUUCGCGCACGACUUUUAGACUCUACAUAUUAUCUAUUAUUGAGGCUUAAGUGUACAAGUUUAUCUUACACUUUACACUAAAUGCGAAUGCUUCUUUAGUUUGCAUCAUUUUUAUAUAGAUCAUGUAUGAACAUCUCUCUCGACGGUUUGAUUGAAUUUAAAACUUCUUUUCCUUAGACGAACAUAUAGCAAAGAUAAAAAGAGAUUGUGGCGCGCAAGAGCACGACGAAAAAGUAGUAGAUUUUCGAGAUUAUAGCUUUCGGAAAGCUAAUUAUCUUUUCUUUUUCACGAGAUUAAUACGAUAUAAAUGUAGUGUACAAAUGAUCUUAUCAAGAACAUAGGUAAGAUCCGCGAUAAUUGUAUAUUUUAAUAAUUUGUAACUUUUAAAUUUAGUGUACAGUGUAUGACUAACUUUGUGACAUUUCAUGUCCGCUGUAGGGCCAGAUUUCAAAUGUUUUUGUAAAAUAUGUAAUUGUUAGACUAGAUAUAUCGUCUUUGAUGUAAGUAUAGCAAACAGUUUUAACUUAAGUUAGGAAUGUAGGCAUUAAGGAGAGAGAUACAGAAUGGCAAGCGAGAACAGUCUCCUAUAGCAAGGACAUUGUUCGAAAAGGUAUCUACUUUGGCAGAUAUUGAUGCAACUUUGUGUUUUAUUAUUUGCAACAUGAUUGAUGCAACUUUGUGUUUUAUUAUUUGCAAAAGGAUAAUAUAUAUCCUCUCUUUUCAGAUUAAUUUCAGUAGAAUUCGAUAGAUCUAUUCUUUUUUUAUACAUUUUUAGAUAUUGCAUCUAUAUAUUUGUGCUUCCAUCUUGCCAAAAUCACAAUCAUUGAUCUUAUUAUUCGUUCUAAGAGUCAGUCUGUGUGUAACAUAAUCUACAUUAAGAAGGAUUUAAUAUUUUAUUUGAUGAAUAUUUGAAAGAAGAGAGAGCGCUGAUAUAUACGUUUUCAAAAAAUUUCUAUCGAAAAGUUGAUUUGUUCAUUGAGUUCGUCAAUGAUCACAUAUCAUUUGCAGUAAAUGUCUUCAGAAAUACCGGUGAAUGUUUGUGAUACUUCUUCAUAAUAAGAAAUAUUUGAAAUGCUUUUAUAUAGAGACUAUUAUACACACAUAUUAUACAUACAUAUUAUUGUUUUAUAAAUGCAUAUAUAUAAUAUAUAUGUAUAUAUAUGCGUGCGUAUAACAUAUUCUAUAUCAAUAUCAUUUUACGAAGUCCAGUUUCAGUUUUGCCUUACUUUUAGUAUGUAUUUACACUUUUAUCUCUGGUGAUAGCUGUAUAUUAAUGCAAAAAUAAUAUUUUAUAUUGGAGAAUAAUAUAAUCCCUGCAAUGGUAUAGCAACAGUGCUCUAUAACGACAACUUGAUGACAAUGUAUUCUAGUAUGAUUAAUCAAUUUCUGCCGAGGUGGUUGUCCCUUAAAUUUUGGUGCUCCAUGGACACCGUUAAGUGCACUUUUCAUGAAAAAAAAAAAAUGGCCUAGAGUAAGAGAUAGUAAGUUGCAGUGCGGAAGUGUUUGAUAAUAAUAAGAAAUGCGUUACACGAAGAAUAUUGAGCGUGAAUUAUUUAAAGAGGUAAUAUAAAUGGAAAUGAAAACGAGAUGGCAGAAGCAUUAUUUGAGCAUGCGAAUAAUCGUCAGACAUGUUACGAUUUUAAUCGGCCUGGUUUGGUACAAAGUGCGUAUGCUGAGUUGUAAAAAGUUAUAAAAACGAGAGAAAACGCAAACUUGUUCUGGUCACGUGAAAUUGCCAUUUUUUUAAGUAUUUUGCGAAUCUUUUUUUAUAUAUUAUAAUUACCAAUAAUUUUAAUAACUAUUAUUGGGAGAUGAAUAUUGUUAAUAUAAUGAUAAUUAAUUUUAAUCUGUAUAUGAAAAGAGAGUAAUACGACUAGUAAGAAUGAUAACUUACUUGAAAAUAUAACAAUGUUAGAUAUUUUAUUGAUAUUUAUUGAUUAUGAAUGACGGUAUUAGGGUUGAUGAAAAAAAAAUACUAACGUAAAGUAACACUAUGUUGACAUAGACACAAAAAUCAAGUUCUUUUUUUCUAGCGAACGAGCAAAUAUGUAUUUUUAAUUAUACUACAAACAUCAAAAAUAUUUUGGACUUUACAAUAUAUGUAUAAGCAUACAUGUAAUAUUAUGUAACUCGACUUCACAUCAUUACGCAUUAUGAUUGUAAACUGUAGGCUAUCUAUCCAAUUUCAUUUCUACAUUCACAAAUAGAGAUUCUUAAAUUCUCAA